CACUUCCCAUGCUCCUUAGCGUUCCGCGCUUGCGCAAUAUGUUUACAACGGCCCUGGCUGCUGGAUGUAGUGUUGUUGUUGUUGUUGUGACAUUAAAGGGGCUAAAAGAAAGAACUGACGAAGUGAACACAGCCCGGAGCCCGUCGCAUGAGGUUCCUGGGUUAGCUCCUCCCUGCCAUGACAGCUGACCACCAGGUCACCAGCCCCCCCUCCUUCUGCAGUUGAUGGAUCUGCAGCUGGUCCAGAGAUGACAGACAGCGUCAGGGCCUUCCUCCGCAAUGUUGCGACGGGGAUCAAGGACUCCAUAUUGGGGAUUGGAACAAUCUCCAAGCUGGAUGCCCGCAUCCAGCAGAAAAGGGAAGAGCAGCGGAGGAGAAGGGCUAGUGGGGCCCUGGCACAGAGAAGGGCACAGAGUGAAGAGCGAAAACCAGACAAUGAACCCAAAGUAGCCAGCAGGAUUUUUCAGUGCUGUGCCUGGAAUGGAGGCGUGUUCUGGCUCAGUCUGUUCCUCUUCUACCGGGUGUUUAUCCCAUUGCUGCAGACUCUCACUGCAAAAAUCAUCGGUGACCCCUCCCUCCAUGGCAGUGUGUGGUCCUGGUUAGAGUUCAUCUUGACCUCCGUCUUCAGCGCUCUCUGGGUUCUGCCUCUGUUUGUCCUCAGCAAGAUAGUCAACGCCAUCUGGUUCCAGGAUAUUGCUGACCUUGCAUUUGAAGUGUCCGGCUGUAAAGCUCAGGCAUUCCCCAGCGUCAGUAAGAUCAUCGCAGACAUGCUCUUCAACCUCCUCCUCCAGGCACUCUUCCUCAUUCAGGGUAUGAUCGUUAGCCUGUUCCCCAUCGAUGCCAUUGGACAGAUGGUUAGCCUCCUGCACAUGUCUCUGCUCUACUCCCUGUACUGCUUUGAGUAUCGCUGGUUCAAUCAUGGCAUCGAGAUGCACCAACGACUGUCCAACAUUGAGAGGAACUGGCCAUAUUACUUUGGCUUUGGUUUACCUAUGGCUCUACUGACAGCUCUGCCCUCCUCAUACAUCAUUAGUGGCUGCUUGUUCUCCAUCCUUUUCCCUCUGUUCAUCAUCAGCGCUAAUGAGGCUAAGACACCAACUAAGCUGUACCACUUCCAGCUGCGUCUCUUCUCCCUGGUCGUGCUGAUCAGCAACAAGCUUUUCCACAAGACGGUCCACCUGCAGUCGUCCCUGACGUCCUCCACCUCCUCAGAGAGGCUGUCCUCCCCUCACACUUCCCCGAGCCGCCAGAGACUCGUGCCCACCCAGUGAUGGAGCCACUUUCAAGGAGGCGAGAUGGCAAAACAGCAGAGUGGCUUCACUCACUGCGAAGAAAGAUGAUUCUUCCAGAAGGAUUUUCCUCGAUGAAGAUAAUAUGCGGUUUAAGACGAAGGGUUUCCAUGUUUUUAAUCUAAUAUCUGGCCGUAUGGUUUUUCAUUUUGAAGUAAAACCACCAGACACAUUUUCAGUAUGACACAAAAAUCUGUGCCUCACACUCGAAACACAUUAUAUACUCAGCUCUCAACUUUUUUCUGUUAAUUUUCUUUCAUUGUUUUUGGUUUUUGUUUUGUAAAAUGUGCCAUUUGAGUGAAUCUCCUUUAAUAAAUUACAGCACAAUAAAUCACCUAGUUUUCAUAUGUUGAAGCAAACUUGUGACUAGAGGAUUUAUUUGCUUGUUAGCAUUCAGGAGCAACGCAGGGUCUUGUUUUACCUGUUGACAACUAUUUUUUUUUUCAUGUUGCAAGUCACAUUCCUUCCUCUCGGGUUGAAUGCUUUCUUUCACAUGGAUCCAUGUCUCUUUGUCAAAUGAUGGUGUCCGAGCAGUUCCAGGAAACACCUUGUGUGGUUGAUGGGGAAACUGCAUUUUUAUCCUGUUACAGCUUUGUUCUAAGUAGAAUUCACAAAUCAAAUCUAUAUCAAGUCAAUCUAAAAAGAACAGAGGAGUAUACACCAAAUACUCUUCCUCAAACUCUUGUUGUGUGCUAACUAAAGGUUUGCCUGGUGUCUCAUCCCGAUGAGAUGUACAUUCUGCAAAAGGCAAGGUGACACCAGCAGAGAAGAAGAAGCUGCCUCAGUGUUUUCAGUCUGUGAAUUCAGUAGAUGAUAGUUGAGAUAAACACUGCCAAACUGCGAUGUCUUUGUUUUGUUUGACCACUACAAUGCUACACUCUGUAAUAAAGGAAGGAGCCUAAUAUAAGGUGAUCAACCUUA